CAGAAUCAGAACCCAGAAAAUCAUAUAAACCCACCUCGACUAGGCUCAGUCUUCAUACUUUGUACAAGACAAUGCUAUCCCGCUGAGUCAUCCAGAUUGAUGCCCCCACGUUCAGGCCAUCGCACCUCUCCGCACCACGUUGACCGCAACAGCAACGGAAGAACAACCACCAAUUCUCCUCUACCAUCUUCACAAAAUACACAAUGCAUUUCCCAACCCUCACUACGAUCGUCGCCCUCGCCCUCGCGGGCUUCACGCAAGCCGCCGACCUCGGCAUUGAAACCACCCACGCCGUCGAGUGCACCCGCAAGACCGUGAAAGGUGACAACGUCAAGAUGCACUACAGGGGCAAACUUGCCUCUGACGGAUCCGAAUUCGACGCGAGCUACAACAGGGGUACACCUUUGGGCUUCAAGCUUGGCUCUGGGAGGGUCAUUAAGGGAUGGGACCAGGGCCUCCUGGAUAUGUGCAUUGGCGAGAAGAGGAAGUUGACGAUUCCUCCCGAGUAUGGAUACGGCGAUAGAGGCGUUGGACCAAUUCCAGGGGGCGCGACAUUGAUUUUCGACACCGAGUUGGUUGAGAUCGAGGGCGUUCCCAAAGACGAGCUCUGAGCGAUUGGUCCACUGUUAUACCGUUGUCCGUGCCAGAACAAGGAUAGGGGAGUGAAGGAGGGAUGAUAAAACAAUGAAUACUACGGUCGGACGUGUCACUUAAGGGCCCGAUUUGGAGUUUACGAUGACGACGCGGAGUUCGAAUGAAGAUAUCCGAGACGCUGUUUAUUGUAUCUAAAUGAGAAUACGACACCAAUUCAUGCCAUUAUUACACAGCUUAGACGCAAUAUCUCAUGCAUUGACUGACGAAACCUUUGGCUUCCCCCGCUGAUGCCAGAAAUAGGACUGCAGGUUCAAUGCCAGAGCCAGCACCCACGAUGCCGCGGCGAGGGCACAGAUGGCUGUCAAACCAUGGUGAUACAGAGGUUUAUCGCUAGUACGAAAGAUUUGUGACCCAG